AUGAAUGGUAGAAUGAAAUUCAAUUCAAUUUAUCAUUUCAUAGUGUUGUGUUUGUUAGUUUUAGUGCUAUUGGUUUCAAAUUCUUCAUUUUCAUAUGCAUUGAAUCAAGAGAAAGUACAACCAAUUAAAAUUAAUCAAAAACAAACACAAACACCAACACAACAACAACAACAACAAACACAGAUUGAAGAUUCAGUAAUAUAUGUAUAUGAAAAUUCAAAUGAUAGAAAUGCAAAGAAACCAUUAGGAGUUCAUUAUAAAUAUAGUUCAAAUUCAAAGUCACCACAAUUAGUUAACGAUGGUGACACAUCCUCAUUUUCUAAUGAGGAGUCAGAGUCAAUCAUAGCAGCAGCAGCAACCGCAGUUUCAUCUUCAAAAUCAAAACCAUCAACAAUUAUAGAUGAAAAUAAAAAUAGGGAUAGCAAUCAAGACAAUAAUAAUAAUAACAAUAAUAAUAAUGAUGAUGAUGAUGAUCAAGAAGAGGAAGAAAAAGAAAUUAUUAUUAAUGGAGAAAAGGUUAAAUUAUCAUUAAUGACAAAAGAACAACGUGAACAAUAUCAUAAUCAGCAAAUGCAAAAACAGACACAGGAAUUAUUUCAAAAACAAUCUACCCUUUUACAAAAAGCACUUCAAAAGGAGAUGCAAAAUGGUCAAGAUGCAAGUUUAACAUUGGAAUUUAUAACCACAACAGAUACAUCUUAUUUACAAUCAGUUGUGGUUAGUAAUCCAAAUACAAUUUCAUCAACUAUAAUUAAAAAUACAGAACCUCCACCUUCACCACAACCUACAAAAAAGGUGAAAUCAACCUUAAAAAUAAAAGAUAAAGAAAAAUCACUUUCUUCAUCUAGUAAUAGUGGUAGUAGUUCAAAUAAUAAUAAUAUUAAUAAUAAUAUUAAGAAACAACAUCAAAAAAUUAAAGAUAAAGAAUUUUCAGGUUAUGUUCAUCUUAAUAAUAUAGAAAUUACAAAUACAGGUACAACACCAACAAUUUUAACUGCUAAAUCUUUUCAAAAAGCUACUACCACUACCACUAAAAGUAAUAGUAAUAAAAAUGGUAGUAAAGGUAGUAAUAGUAAUAGUAAAACAAAUACUAAAAUCAGUAGUGAUAAUAUAAAUAAAGUUAAUGGAGAUACUCCUAUUAAACCACAAGUUGUUAAUAGUAAUAGUAAUAAUAAUAAUAAUAAUAAUAAAGGUGAAAAUAUAAAUAAUAAUAAUAAUAAUAUUGAAGUCACCAAUAGUAAUAGUAAUAAUAAAAAUAAAAAUGACAUCGAUAAUAAUAUAGGUUCAAGUAAAACACCAACAUCGACAACAUUAGAUCAACCAAGCUGUACAAAGAAAACUCAAGAUAAUAAUAACAAUAAUAAUAAUAAUAAUAAAAAUAAUAAUAAAAAUAAUGAAGAGGAUGAUGAAUUUGGUAUUUUUGGUGAUGAAAGUAUUAAUUUAAAUAUUGCAAAUGGAAUGAAAAAUCAUAUUCAAAAUAAUAAUAUAGAGGCAAGUACUAGUAGUGGUACCAGUAAUGCCAGUAAAAGAAAAUAUUUUUCAAUUAGUCCAGCUUCAUUGGAAUUUAGGGGAAGUAGUUUAUGUGUCCCAGUUUUUAGAAAUGUUGAAUUUAAAAAUACACAUACAAAAAUGAAAAUUCAAGUUUUAUCACUCACAAAUGAUAUUCAUCCAAUUUUUUUUACAAAUAAUUUUUUGGGUAGUGUGGUAUUAAAUCCAUUACAAUCAAUUAAUAUAUCAAUUGUAUUUUUACCAAAAGAACUUGGAGUUUUUAAAACUGAAUUUAAGAUCAUUACAAAUAUUGGAGAGUUUACAUUUCCUGUUACUGGUGAAGGUGAUAAUAAUAUCUAUCAGUUGGAUCCAAUUAUUGAACAUGUUGUUUUAGUUGAUAAAAUGAUUUUAUCAUCUGUAAAUAUUUAUAAUCCACAUAGUAAAACAAUGAAAAUUUCUGAUAUAUCUACAACUGGUCGUCCAUUUUAUAUUUCACCACCUGGUCACGAACCUGGUGCUGAUGAAUUAUCAAGACAACAAUCACUUGAAAAAGUAACUUGGGAAAUUGAACCAUAUAGAAAAUCACAUUUAAUUGAUUUAUAUUUUUAUUCAUCAGUUGCAGGAACAUUUAAUGGAUUUGUUAAUAUUGUAACCAAUUUUGGUGUAUUUUUAAUACCAGUUGAAAUGAUAGCAGUUGAUGAAGGUGCAUAUAUUUAUCCAAAGAAAGUUGAAUUUUCAUUCAUAACAAAAUUGAAUGAAACCGAUACCAUACCAUUAUUCAUUAUCAAUGCAAAUAAAAAAGAUGUAAGGUUAACUGUUAGACAUCUUUUAGAGAGUGAUCGUGAUUAUGAUGGUUUUCAAGAUUUUGAUAAUUCAACACCAAAACAAAUCGUUGAUAAAAAUAUUCAAUUUAAAAAAUCUGGAGAUUUAAAGUUUAUUCAACAUUUUUCAACCGUUCCAAAACAUAGUCAAAAUGUAGAAUUUGGUCAUUUAUUAUUUAAAGGUACAGAAACUGGUGAAUUUAGAGGUAGAUAUAAAAUUACUGUUGAAACUUUAGGUGGUGGUAGUAGUGGAAAUAAUAAUAAUAAUAAUAAUAAUAAUAAUAAUAAUAAUAAUAAUAAUAAUAAUAAUAAUAAUAAUAAUAAUAAUAAUAAUAAUAAUAAUAAUGGUCAAAUUAAACAUAUUAUAGUACCUUAUAAAAUAACAGUUUUACAAGGUUAUUUAUCUUAUAGUGUUGAUGAUACAUUAUUUCCAUAUGGAUUAUUUAAUCAAGAGGAUACAAUCAUUAGAGAGUUAACAUUAGUUAAUAAAUAUCCAGUACCAGUUCAUAUUCAAACCAUUCAAAUUUUAGAUGAUGAAUUUAAGAUUGAUUCAGCACCACUAACUCAAGUUGUUCAUCCAAAUAAACGUUGGCAAUCGAUUUUCAUUUCAUUUAAAAGAAAGAAUCAAACUUUAGAAACGUUGGGUAAAAGUAAUAAUGGAACUUCAUCACUAUCAACACCAUCAUUUUAUCCAAAUUGUAAACCAGCAAUUUUAAAUAUACUUUCAAAUGUUUCAUUAAUUCAAAUUCAUUUAAUUAGAUUUAAUGGUCAAAUCGAUAUUACAACCAAUUUUAAUGAUUAUUAUAAUGAAAAGUUUAAAAUAAUCGAUUUUGGUAUUGUUGGACUCGAUACAAAGAAAAAGGUAUUUAUGAAGUUUAAGAAUAAUAAUCCAUUCAAGUUGGAUAUUGAUUGUCUAUCACUCUUGGGAAUGAAUAGAGCUACCAUACCAGAAGGAUUAAUUAAAGUUCAAAUUGAAAGUAUCCUUGAAAGUCCAACCACUCUAACUUCAUUAUCACUUUCACCACUUCCAAAAAAUAUUGUUGAAACAAACCUAUUGACAGAGGAACGUAAGAAAUCAAUUAAUAAAAGAUUAGAGAAACUAUUGGGUGUAACUUGUCCGACAAUCGAUAUUGAAUCCAUUUCAACCGUCAAUAAAAUGGGUUGUUCAACUGAAACUUCACAAGGAAAUGAUGCAAAUUGUAAAUUCCCUUUACCAAUCUCUGGUUUGGAUCCAAUCUUUUUCAUUAAAUCUGGUGGUAGUGCAAUUUUAUCAUUUGAAUUAUCAUCUAAAUCAAUUAGAAAAGAUAAUGGUAAAUUUAGAUUACACUUUCAAUCUCAAAUUAAAACAGCCUCAAUUCCAAUUCAUUUUAAUGUUAUCAAUGGUUCAUUAUCAAUUUUACCUGAAAAAUUAAAUUUUAAUAUUUUAAAUAGUAAUGGUUAUGAUGAAGAUAUUAAACAAGAAAAUAUUGAAGAAAUUGAUAAUAUUAAUGAAAAAUUUAAUAAUCAACGUAAAUCAAUUGUAAGACCACUCUAUUUUAAUAAUUUAUUUUCAAUCAUUGUUAAUAUUACAAAUUUUGAAAGUAGUGAUAAAAGAAUUAGUAUUGAAUUAUUAAAAAAUCAAUUACCACCAAAUAAGAAAUCUCAUUUUGCAAAUUUAUUAUUUGAUCCAAUUUCAAUUACAAAAUUAGAACAACCACCACAACAACAACAACAACAACAACAACAAUCACAACAACAACAAAUUAAUUAUUUAGAUCAGAAUCAAAAAGUUUUAACCGAAGAGUACUUAUUAAGAGAGAAUAUUUGGAUUGGAAAUUCAACAAAAUCAACAGAUACUUUAAAUUCUAUAAUUUCUUUUAAAUCGACUGUAAUAGUUUCAACAGAUUUACCUUUAGAUUUUAAAAUUGAUACUCAAGUUUCUGUUGAAAAACCAAUACUUCCAAUUUAUGAUUAUUCACUAUUUCAACAACAACAAGGUGAAAAUAAUAAUCUUCCAAUGAUUAGUGUUGAUGAUGAAAAGUUUUUUAAUCAUUAUUUACAAAUUAUCAACAACAACAAUAACAAAGAAGGAAAUAAAUUAUUAGAUCAUUAUCAAACCAUUAAUUUUGGUAAAGUUAAAAUUGGUAGAGAACAAUCUAAAUUUUUAUUAAUUCAUAAUCCAUUCAAUUGUGAUAUUCAAAUUUCAUUAUUACCAAUGGAUCAACAUGAGCUAUUAAUUCAAAUUAUGAAUUCAACCUCAAAUGUUAAUGGUAAACCAUCUCUAUCGAGUACUCUUUCAAAUCAAUUAAAACAACUAUUCAAUCUAAAUACUACAACCAAUAAGAUUGAAAGUGAUAAUGGAACAAUUUCAACCAAUAGUGGUAGUAGUGGUAGUAGUAGUGGUGGUUCAAGCAAUAUAAAUAAUAAUAAAUACAAUGGUAGUAGUGGUAGUAAUUUUAAAAUCGAUAAAGAAAAUUAUGGACAUAUUUAUAAAACAAUAAAACCAAAAGGAUUUUUAAAAUUUGGACCAAUUAAAUUUGUGCCAAAAGAUAUUGGAAAUUCAAAUUGGUUUAUUUAUUUAAAGAGUAAUUUCACACUUUUAUCACCAAUUAAAUUGAUUGGAAAAUCAUUUGGAGGUCGUUUAGCAAUGUUUGAUACUAUAGUACCAACUUUAACUUCUACCUCCUCUACUACUACCACUACAUCUCAAAUUUUAUCAACUUCAUUUAUCCAUGAUAGAUCAAAUGAAAUUUCAACAUUAAUGUUGGAAUUAAAUAAAACUCAUCUUAGCCCAUGUAUAUUUAAAAAACGUACAGGUGAGGAUUAUAUUGACAAUUUAAAUUCUGAAAUAUUAUUUGAUGCUUCAAAAUCUCAAAAAAAGAAUAAUCAUCAUGUUUCUCAACCAUCUUCACUUUAUAAAGAUAGUAGUAAAAUUGAAAUUAACAAAACUGUUCAUAUUGUAAAUAAUGGUGAUGAUACAAUUGAAAUUUUAGAUAUAUUUAUUGGCGGUAUUAAUAUAAAAGAUAAUAAUAGUGGUAAUAAUAAUAAUAAUAAUAAUAAUAAUAAUAAUAAUAAUAAUAAUAAUAAUAAUAACAACAAUAAUAAUAAUAAUAAUAACAAUAAUCAUAAUAAUAAUAAUAAUAAUAAUAAUAAUAAUAAUAAUAAUAAUAAUAAUAAUAAUAAUAAUAAUAAUAAUAAUAAUAAUAAUAAUAAUAAUAAUAAUAAUAAUAAUAAUAAUAAUAAUAAUAAUAAUAAUAAUAAUAAUAAUAAUAAUAAUAAUAAUAAUAAAAAUAAUAAUCAAAAAAUUUGUUGUAAUGGUUGUUUUGGUUAUGGAUUUAAAAUUCAAAAUUGUUUGGAAAUUUUAAGUAAAAAAGAGAAUACUUAUUUAAAGCCAAGUGAAUCAUUUAAAUUGGUAAUUAGUUUUGAACCAGAUUUUUCAACAUCUUUAGUGAAAAAAGAUUUGAUCAUUAAAACCAAUCAAAAGGAUUUUACAUUUAUAUUGGUUGGUUCAUUGCCACACGAUUAUUUACCAUUGUGUAAUCAUUUACAUCCAUCAUUCUUUUACGAGUAUCCAGCCAAAAUCAUAUUCAUCAUUUGUAUGAUCAUUUUAUUCUUUGUUUUAAUCUUUUUAACUUGGAAAGAGUAUUCAAAUGUUUUCAAAAUUACUUCAACUGGUGAUGAAUAUGAAAGUGAACAAUUAAUUAGUAAUAGUAAUGGUGGUGGUGGUGCUCGUUUUAAUCAUCACCAUAUGGUUAAUGGUAGUGGUGUUAGUGGAGGUCAAUUUAAUUCAAUGUUUGAUGGAAUUCCAAAGUCACCUGACAAGUCAAAUCAUGAUUCAAAAUUGAAAAAGAAAAAAGUUAAUAAUGGUACAACUUCUAGUAGUGUUAGCAGUAAUAGGGUAACUUUCAAAACCCCACAACAGAUAAUCUAUCAACCACAACAACCAAUUAAUUCCUCCCCUCAACAAAAUAUUGGUGUGGUUUAUACUCCAAUUAAAUCUUCAAUUAAGAGCCACUCAUUAUCUAUUCCUACUUCACCAAGUCCUACUUCUCCAAUUCAACAACAACAACAACAACAACAACAACAACAACAACAACAACAACAACAACAACAACAACAACAACAACAACAACAACAAACUACAAACAACGUUGAAGAGAAAGAUUUACCAUUUGUUGACCCUAGUAAUUCUACAGUUUCUAGUGAUAGUGGUUGUGUUUUAGUAAAAGAAGAGGCAACUCUUUUUGCCAAUGUUACCUCAAAAUCAGAUAGUAAUAAUAUCGAUAGUGGCAGUGGUUCAGAUAAUAAGAUAACAUUGUCAUCACAAACAUCAUCUCCAUUAACGAAAACAUCACUAUCACCAUCAACAUCUUCAAAUUCAUUACCUCAAAAUCAAACACAAACUCAAAUAUCACAACAACAACAACAACAAACAUCUCCAAUACCAUCACCAUUACAAACACCAACCUCAUCCCCAUCAACAUCUCCCUCAACAUCCUCAUCCUCUAUUCCAACUGUCACAUCACAAACUCCUUUAAAGGAUGACAAAAAGGUUAAAGAAGGUACAACCUCUCCAUCUUCCUCUUCAAAUUCUGUACCAAUCCCAUCUACUGUUCCUUUUGCAAUUAACAAUGGUCAAUCACAACCACCAUUCCUUAAACAAAAACAUAAAAAUGAUGAAAAUAUUAAAAAGAGAGAAGGACAUGAUCAGUAUGAAGGAAAAGGAAAGAGAUUCCAAAAAAAGAAAGUUGAUUCACAUCAAAUACCACAAAAUAAUUCCCAACAACAACAACCAUAUCAACAACCUCCACAGCAACCACAACAACAACAACCACAACAACAACAACCACAACAACAACAACAACAACCACCACAACAACCACAACAACAACAACAACAACCACAUCAACAUCAAAACCAACACUAUCAUCAACAUCAAAACCACAAUCAACAUUAUCAACAACAACAACAACUAAACCAAAAUAAACCAAUUCAAAAAGACUAUUAUUCAAAACAAAGAAAAUGGGAAAAGAAAACCUAUGUUCCAAAGAACCCACAAACCAAUAAUGUUAGUGGUGCUAAUAAUAACCAAUCACAACCAAAUUUACACCCACAAUCUUACCAAAAUCAAUCACCAACCAUUUUCUCGCAACAACAACAACAACAACAACAACAACAACAACAACAACAACAACAACAACAACAACAACAACAACAACAACAACCACAGCAACAACAAUCACAACAACAACCUCAACAACAAAUUUACCAUCAACCACAACCACAAUCUACAAGUAUUUAUUCACAGCCACCCAACAUUUAUCAAACUCCAACCAAUAUUUUCGGAAUUCCAAAUUCUCAAUCACCAUCACCUCCUCAAUCAUCAACUUCACCAUCGCCACCACCUCAAUCAAAUCAAUAUAAUCCAUUUCAAUCAUUUGGACCAUCUGAACAGUUGGGUACAACCAAUUGGUUAAAUACAAUUAUUGGUUCAACAGAUGGUUUUAAAUCAAUUGGAGUAAUAGGUAGUGGUAAAUCAUUUGUAGGAAUUGGUAGUGGUUUCAUUGGUCUCAAUGGAAUUAAUAGUUUUUCAACACCAUCAAAUGAUAAUAACAACAAUAAUAGUACUACUGGUAGUGGUGGAAGUGUUGGUGGUUUAGUUCCACAACAACAGCAACAACAACAGCAUCAACAACAUCAACAACAACAACAACAAUAUCAACAUCAACAUCAGCAUCAACAUCAACAACAACAUCAACAACAACAACAUCAACAACAACAUCAACAACAGCAAUUACCGUCACUUGAUAAUAACGGUAGUGUUCAACAAACCCAAACUAUUUCCAAAGCUGCAAAUAAUGGUGUGUAUGGUAGCAAUGAAAUUUCCAUACCAGACCAAAAUGAACAUUUCCUUAAGAUUACCAAUCGUUUUAUCUCAAAUCCAUUUGACCACUCUGGAAAUCAACAAACAACAAAUCCAACAAACUUUUUUAACAACACCUAUGACCUUUUUAGUAGACACCAUUCAAUUUUCAAUAGCCAACAACAACAGCAACAACAACAACAACAACAACAACAACAACAACAAUCAGCAAAUACAACAACCACAACAACCACAACAAAUACUGUUUCUCCAACUUCAUCAACUACAACAUCUCCAAUCAGACCAUCACAAACAAGUCCUUUUACAUCAUUUGAUGGUUUUAUGAGAUCAAAUAACAGUAAUAAUAAUAAUAAUAACAACUUACAAUAA